UUGAGGUUAAAAAUUUAAAUUUUUUUCAUAAAAAAAGUGCUUUCAAGUACUUUCAAGAAAUGGCCAGAAAUAUAAUAGCUACUUCAAACUCAUUAUCUUAUUUACAAGAAUGUGUUACAUCUGAGUCCCUUUCUGCUGGACUGAUUUUUGGUCAGAUAUGUCAAGGGAAAAAUUACAUCUGCCAUAUGGCCAAAACAUCUAUGCCGCAAGAGAAUUUUAAAAAUAUAACUGAUAUAAAUAUCUUAUCGAUAGCUGACCAUGCUAAACAAGCUACAAAAAUGCUAUCAGGUGGCAUGUAUGUAAUUGGUAUUUUUAUAGUAUCUCAAACAGAUUUAAUUUCAUCCUUUCCCGCUCAUCUGAAAGCAGUCCUUCAUCAAUUGAAUAAAUCUCUUUUAACAGAGUAUUUAUGUGGAAACUCAGGAACUAAUGAAAAAAUUGUUCUGAAUUAUUGUUCAAACUCAAAGAAUGUGAAAUGUAAAGUGUAUGAUACCUCUACUGCUGGUGUGAGACCAGCAGAAAUAAAAUUUUCUGAUGAGAUAACGUGGGUUCGUUUAGACUGCAAAUAUGAAAUAUGUGAAAAUUACUGCUGGGAAGAAAAAGGCUCUGAAAUGGAUUUGAAACAACAAAUGAAUAUUAUUUUGAAAGAUGUUUGCAAAAACUUGAAAUCUGCAGUGAUACUUUUUGAUGGUGAAUUUAAAUCUGAAGACGAGAGCUUGGAAUCUGCCAGAAAGAAGAAAGAAGGAUUGAAAUCAGGAAAAUCGAGUUAUGAAAAUAUCAAACCAAAUAAUAAGCCAAUAAUAGUGCAUAUUCUAGAAGAUAAUGAAGAUCAGACUUCGGAUGCUGUAAUCAAAGAUACAAAUAAUCAAAUGAAAGUAGUGGGACAGAUAUCCAGUACAGUGUGGAUGAAUCCACAGAUUUCUUAUAAAAAAGUUAGGGAUGCCAUCAUUGAGGAUAUCGUAAGAAGUUUAUCGACAAGGCUAGAAAUGCAUUGCGAUUCUUUGAUAGAAGAAGAGCAUAAGGAAGAUUUGAAUAGUAUUCAUGAGCCACCUAGAAGAGUUAUGAUAGCUGUACCGGGUUCAGAUAUCACAGUUUCUGAUUAUUUAUUUCCUGGAGAAGGAGCAGAAGAAGCCAAAAGUUCUGUUGAAGAAAUUCUAGACAUAAAAUUGGAUGGUACAUCAGAUGAAAUUCAAGAAGUAGAAGGGUCGAUUGAUAUUUCAAAUUAUGGAAGUAACAUAAGCAAAAUGGUAGAAGGAAAGUUGUCAGAAGAGGAUAAAAGCCACGGUCAUAAGCUCUUCAUUUUUGGAUCAAUUUUCGCUCUGCUGGUUCUGGUUAUCUCAAUUCUGGUGCAUUUUGUUCUGAAAAAUUCUUAAUUGUUAAGUUACAGAUGUAUAUAUUUUAUUUCUAUCCACAAUAUUUUAAACAUUCCAAGAUAAUAUGUUAAUUUAUUUGGUGUUUGUUCAAUAAAUCUGUUUUAUAAAUGA